AUGGCCCAGCCUCCGACCUACCCAGAGAAGGCCACCGAGGCCUCCCCCACAGCGCUACAACGCCCGCUCGUGCUCCCGCAGACGAAGAACGCGUCCCAGGCGCCCUUCCUGCGCGCGACGUCAUCCGAGCUCACCUCCGCCGGGGUCGAGCAGGCGCCCUUCCUAGCCUUCCUAGACGACCUGAACGCAGCUAUCGCGCCGACGUCGGCCCGCGAAAACGUGCGGACCGGCACGCAUGUCGCGAGUCGUAUCCUGCCCGGCGUAGGCACCAUCGUGCGCUCUGUCGUUGAUCGCUCCGUCGUUGGCCCGAGCGCGGACGCGCAGGCGAAUGUGGCCUCCAUCCUCGCGAGCGCCAACAGGCAGCUGUUUGACGAGCGCGGGCUGCAUGUCUCUGUUGAGACCACCUCGCAGCUCAAUUCGCGCCUUGGUGUCACUGCCGCGCCCAACAUCUCCGGCCUGGACGCCUUGCAGCGCCUCGCGCCGUACGCUGGCCGCGUGGCGCCGCUCGACGCAGUGCUGGACGAUCUGUCUGCCGCGUCCGCGCCGGCGUCCCGCGCCGAAGAGCGCGACGAGCGCCGCGCGAAGCGGGCCGAGAAGAGGGGGCAUGCGACUGAUGUCUGGGUCGGGCAGUGGUUGGUGGUCUCCCGAGUCUGA